CUCGCUCACAUCUCUCUCUCUCUCUCUCUCUCUGCCUCUGCUCUUCAAAUUCGAAACCAAAAAACCGAAAAUCAAAACACAAAACCAAAACCAUGGUCGCGGCAAAGACGUAGUUCGGGGGUCCCUCAAUUGCCGCCGCAAUGGAGAUGGCUCUGCACGCGCAAUGGUCUCCGCUGUGUUGCCGCACGGUGGCUGCUGGGGAACGGAUCAGGCUUGGUCUUGGAUCAUUCACUCAGUCUUUUCCUUGUUGCAAGAUGAGUACAGGAGUAGGGUCUGUUCAUUGCAUGGCAGCGAGUUCAGACUAUUCAAGAAAACGUCCCAAGAAGGGCUUUCUCCCCAAGACUAGAGGAAAUGAUCCCAAUGGGAUUUUUGCCAAGGCCCCAGGUUGAAACAACCACCCAGAAGAAAGAUCAAAAUGAUUCCAGCUCUGUCAGAACAACUCCUGUGAUAUUGGAUGAAGCAGAAGAACAAAGCACAGGUGUUGAGGGCAUGAUAGUUGAAGAUAUUCUCAUGGAAAAGGAAUUAGAAGCUUUUGAUAGUGAUGAAGAUGAAAUUGGUUUUGCACGAAAGCAUCUUACAGCUGAUUCUAAUGAUGAGGGCCUUGGGAAGGGGAAGGUUUCUAAUAAUGUUGGUGUUAUCAACGAGUUGAAAAUUUUUGCAAUUGAUGAACCAAAUAUGGAGGAAACUUUGUUGAGGAAAGAAUAUAUGAAUGCCCUAGAACAUGAACGGAUGCUGGAGGACCUUGCCAAGGAAAACCUCUCAAUCGGCAGCAAAUUAUUUGUUUAUCCACAGGUGGUUAGACCUGCACAAAGUAUUGAAGUGUUUCUGAAUAGAAGUUUGUCAUCAUUGGUAAACGAGAAUGAUGUUUUCAUUAUGGGAGCAUUUAAUGGUUGGAGAUGGAAAUCUUUUACUGAAAGGCUUCAAAGAACAGAUCUUGAAGGGGAUUGGUGGUCUUGCCGGCUUUACAUUCCUAAUGAGGCCUAUCAGAUGGAUUUUGUCUUCUUUAAUGGUGACAAUGUGUAUGAGAAUAAUGAUUCAAAAGAUUUUUUGCUACCUGUGGAAGGUGGAAUGGAUGCUCUUGCAUUUGAAGAUUUCAUGCUUGAAGAGAAAAGGAAAGAACAUGAGAGACAAGCCGCAGAGCAAGCAGAAAGGGAAAAACAGGAGGAAGAACAGCAUCGGAAAGAAGCAGAGAAGGCUGCAUUUGGUGCUGACAAAGCACAAGCUAAACUAGAGGUGGAGAAAAAACGGGAAUCCUUGCAUAGAGUAUUGCAAUUAGCUAAAAUUUCUAAUGACAAUGUGUGGUGCAUAGAGCCGAGUAUAUUCAAAGGUGGGGAUAGAGUUCGCUUGUGUUAUAACCGAAGCUUCCGUCCACUUUCUCAAACUACAGAAAUCUGGAUUCAUGGUGGUCAUAAUAACUGGAAUGAAGGUUUGACUAUUGUUGGAAGGCUCAAAAAUCUGAUGAUAAAAGAUGGUGAUUGGUGGUGUGCAGAAGUGUUUAUACCUGAUCGAGCACUCGUUUUGGAUUGGGUGUUUGCUGAUGGACCACCACAAAAGGCUAACAUGUAUGACAACAACGACCGUCUUGAUUUCCAUGCUGUUGUUCCUAAGAGUAUAUCUGAAGAAUUGUUUUGGGUUGAAGAAGAGCACAAAAUAUUUAAGAAGCUUCAGGUGGAAAGAAAAUUGAAAGAAGAGGCUGUACUCCAUAAAGCUCAAAAGACAGCACGCAUGAAAGCUGAAACUAAGGAAAGGACAAGGAAAAUGUUUCUUUUGUCACAGAAACAUAUAGUAUACACAGAACCUCUUAUUAUACAAGCUGGAACCGAAGUUUCUGUUUUUUAUAAUCCCUUGAACACAGUGUUGUCCGGAAAAAGUGAAGUUUGGUUUAGAUGCUCAUUUAACCGAUGGACUCAUCAUUUUGGCCCCUUGCCACCUAAGAAAAUGUUGCCUUCUGAUGUUGGUUCUUAUCUCAAAGUGACAGUCAAGGUUCCUCUAGAUGCAUAUAUGAUAGACUUUGUGUUCUCCGAGAAGGAAGAUGGUGGACUUUUUGACAACAAACAUGGUGUGGACUACCAUUUUCCUGUUUAUGGAGGUGUGAUAAAGGAGCCCCCAAUGCAUGUUGUUCAUAUUGCUGUUGAAAUGGCUCCCAUUGCAAAGGUGGGAGGCCUUGGAGAUGUUGUUACUAGUCUUUCCCGUGCUGUUCAGGAUUUGGGCCAUACUGUAGAUAUCAUUAUGCCAAAGUAUGACUGCAUGAACCUUAGUAAUGUAAAAGAUUUUCAUCAUAGUCGGAAUUUUUCUUGGGGUGGAACGGAAAUAAAAGUUUGGUUUGGAAGGGUUGAAGGCUUGUCAGUUUACUUUUUAGAGCCACAAAAUGGAAUGUUUUGGGUGGGAUGCAUUUAUGGAAGGAAUAAUGAUGCAGAUAGAUUUGGAUUCUUUUGUCAUGCAGCUCUUGAAUAUCUCCUCCAAACAGGAUCUCAUCCAGAUAUUUUGCAUUGUCAUGAUUGGUCUAGUGCUCCCGUUGCAUGGUUAUUUAAGGAACAUUAUAUGCAUUAUGGCCUGAAUAGUGCUCGAGUUGUCUUCACCAUUCACAAUCUUGAGUUUGGAGCACCUUUCAUUGGAAAAGCAAUGGCGCAUGCUGACAAGGCCACCACUGUAUCCCAUACAUAUGCAAAGGAGGUUUCAGGAAAUGCUCUAAUUUCUCCUCAUCUUCAUAAGUUCCAUGGUAUCUUAAAUGGAAUUGAUCCAGAUAUUUGGGAUCCAUACAAUGACAAUUUCAUUCCUGUAAGUUAUACUUCGGAAAAUGUUGUAGACGGUAAAAAGGCAGCAAAAGUUGCUUUGCAGCAGAGGCUUGGGUUGAGUCAAUCUGAUCUUCCACUAGUAGGCGUUAUUUCCCGAUUGACAUUUCAGAAGGGUAUUCACCUUAUUAAACAUGCUGUUUGGCGGACACUAGAACAGCAUGGACAGCUUGUUUUGCUGGGUUCAGCUCCUGAUCCUCGCAUCCAAAAUGAAUUCGUAGACUUUGCAAAUCAAUUGCACUCUUCACAUGCUGGCAGUGUGAAACUUUGUUUAACUUAUGAUGAGCCCCUUUCUCACUUGAUAUAUGCUGGUUCAGAUUUCAUUUUGGUUCCAUCAAUUUUUGAACCAUGUGGCCUGACGCAACUAAUAGCAAUGCGAUAUGGAGCUAUUCCUAUUGUUCGUAAAACUGGAGGCCUCUAUGAUACAGUUUUUGAUGUUGAUAAUGAUAAGGACAGAGCUCAAACACAAGGGCUAGAACCAAAUGGUUUUAACUUUGAAGGAACUGAUUCUGGUGGUCUUGACUAUGCUCUCAACAGAGCAAUCUCUGCCUGGUACAAUGGCCGGGAAUGGUUUAACUCUUUAUGCAAACGAGUAAUGGAGCAAGAUUGGUCUUGGAAUCGCCCGGCUUUGGACUACAUCGAACUCUAUCGCUCAACAAAAGAAUAAGACCACCUGAGGGAUGCUGUUCGAGAAUUACAAUGUUUGUUAUUCUUCGUGAAAUCUUUGUAUAGUUCUUUAGCAUUUCUAUUCAUUUUCCUCCCCGCUGCAUUUAAUAAUAGGUAGCAUGUGAUUCUCAAAUUAGAUAUCUUCCAAAUAAUAAACGUCACAUUGUCUUGUAGCCGGGCACUCUGUUGACACAUUUGCUUUUUCGUUUUAAUAAUAUGGCGUAAUAUUAGUUACGCCUUUAAUUGUUUUUGUAUUU